UACAUAUAGGUGCGUAGAUACAUACCUUGUAAAUAUCUUUUCAGUUCUCGUUCAGCGUUCGUGCGUGCGUGUUCUCCGCGUGCGAGCAGUUUUUCCACAUCGUAGAUUUUCCGAAUAUCUCGACAGCCCAAGGAUUUAUGUGAGAGUGAGAGUUGAAAAAGUUCUAUCGAAAAAGUAGCGUCGAGAGAAAAUCAUCAAGCAUUAAAUGAAAGCUUUUUUUAAAGCAAAUCCGAAACCAGUGCUGUGACUUUAGUGACAAUUGUACCAAUAAGUUAAAUUAUUUAAAAUAAAUUUUGUUGUUUUCUGUUCGUUCACAUGUGAAGAAGUGAUCAUCGCAAGCGGUCUGAAAUAUUUUUUCCAAGCAAAUUCAAAGCUAUUCUCUGCCAAUUGUGCAAUCCUUGCUGGAAUGCUGUGCAACACUAGCGGCGCCAUAAAUCUGGAUUGUGUAUAUUAGUGUGUACCAGUGCUCUGGAAUGAAGCAUUGCAAUCAGUUUGCGAAUUCUAAACAGUGCGUACGAUCGUAGUGUAACAGUUGUCUAGAAAAUGCGACAGCUUCAAAAGCAUCAAACAGGAAUUUAAUAGAAACAUCGCCAACAAUUGCGAAGAUCUGGAACGCGCCAAAGUAGCAUUCAGUGUGUGCCUUAGGUAAAAACCAAGUGCAGAUAUACGAACGGGGCAGAAUCGAGCGGUACCUUGAUUGGCAUCGCAUUCGUACCACACAAGUCCUGCUCAACAUCAUUCCCACCAAAAUCAUCCUAUAUGGUAAUGGCAGAGAUCGGUGGCCCCUUGGCACACCAACUACCCUUACACAAUCAUAGAGGUGGACUGGUGCAACCGUCGCUGGUAAUGAACCAUCACCUGGAUGCUUUGGACAGCAGUUGCCAUGGACCAAACAUUCACCCAAAAAAAGAACGCCUUUCCCUGUGCGUUGGAUGCGGUGGUCAGAUCCAUGACCAGUACAUCCUGCGUGUCGCGCCGGACCUCGAGUGGCACGCAGCCUGCCUCAAGUGCCAGGAAUGUCGUCAAUUUCUGGACGAGAGCUGUACCUGUUUCGUGCGUGACGGCAAAACCUAUUGCAAGCGAGAUUAUGUGAGAUUAUUCGGUACCAAAUGUGAUAAGUGCGGUAGCUCUUUUAGCAAAAACGACUUCGUGAUGCGGGCCAAAACGAAAAUCUACCACAUAGAAUGCUUUCGAUGUUCGGCCUGCGCUCGGCAACUAAUACCAGGUGAUGAGUUUGCGCUUCGUGAUGGUGGUUCGCUUUACUGUAAGGAAGACCACGAUCAUCUGGAGAAAACGUCCCAAAAUGGCCUCAUACAGGGCGUGGAGCCCAACAACAAUAUCAGCGGCAAUGCCAACAACAACAACAACAACAACAUCAACAGUACCAAUAACAACAAUAAUAGCUUAAGCAAUAAUAACCACUCGAGUGAACUGGGGUCCAUGUCAGAUUCGGGCAGUGAAUCGGGAUCUCACAAAAGUUUGCGUGGCAAAGGACCCACCGGACCAUCGGACGGUAAACCAACACGUGUGCGGACGGUGUUAAACGAGAAACAGCUUCACACGCUUCGUACGUGCUACAAUGCCAAUCCGCGACCCGACGCACUGAUGAAGGAGCAGUUAGUUGAGAUGACCGGUUUGUCACCGCGGGUCAUACGGGUUUGGUUCCAGAACAAACGCUGCAAGGAUAAGAAAAAAACGAUCCAAAUGAAACUGCAGAUGCAGCAAGAGAAGGAAGGACGAAAACUGGGCUAUGGGAUGCAGGGUAUACCGAUGGUGGCCAGCUCGCCUGUGAGGCACGACUCACCGCUUAAUCUCCACGGCCUAGAAGUGACCGCCUAUCAACCACCGUGGAAGGCACUGUCAGAUUUUGCCCUUCAUUCUGAUCUCGAUAGUAACGGAUCGAUCAAUACCCAUACACCCGCUUUCCAGCAUUUAGUCAAUCAGAUGCAUGGAUACGACGUCGGCAAUGGUGGAGGAGCUGGUGGAGGUCCUGGCGGCGGUCCCGGUGGGAUGCCACCGAUGCCGGGUCAGGUUGGACAGGUCCCUCCUAUUGGAUCGCAUAUGGAUCUCAGCGGGCAUCACCAUCCGGAUAGUACGGAUUCAUACGUAACCUAUCUCGAAAGUGAUGACAGCAUGCAGGGCAGCCCAUAAGAAUUUUGCUCAUACACACCCGCUUUCGACUCCGAUCGAUAAAGGAGCGAACACAACCGGAUGGCAAUAUACGGCACACAGCUUUUAUUGAAGCAACAAUAAUGUCCUUCAAACUGAAACGCACCAGAGAAUGAUAUUUUAAAGUGUACCAGUAAGCUUUUUGGAUCGUUCCUUUCAAGCAAGCAGCUUCUUGAGGCAGGAUCGUUCAUUUAAAUUUCCUUAGACAAACAUUGAACAUAAAACAACAAAAUCGAGCCAAAUUGUUCGCCAAGUUACACAUGAAGGUUUUUGGUUUCGGUAUUACUUUUGGUUGGCAUGUUCUUCUUUUUUAAUUUAAAUUUGCUAUAAGAAAGGAAUUAACGGGAAAAUUUCGACGCAAUGCAAGAGGGCUAAUGUUACAGAUAGAUUUAUACAUUGGUUAGAAACGUUGGCAGAAACUAGUGCGCAAGUAAUAGCAAAUAGCAAAAAGAGCCGAAAUGAAGGCUCGUUGUAAAUAAUGUAAAAAAACAAAACAAAAAUACCACUUAGUAAACGUCCACUGAACACUUCUACCUACCGAAUCACUCACUCACGCGCCCUGCACUGUUGCCAGUGGUAAUGGAAAAUGGUUUUCGUGGAAGAAUAUUGAAAUGAUCAAAAUAGACAAUGUUCUACGGAAUAAUACAGAAAUUGAUACGAUUAGUAUGGUUACAGUUUACGUGUAAAAAAAUCUAGAAACAAAACAUGGAAAAAUAUAAACUUCCACGUGAAGAUAGAAAAUGCACAGGCAAACAAAAAGGUGGACAAAACAAACGAAACCGAAACAUAUGCAUUUCUCAUUAUGCCAGAGCUGAGGUAAAGUGUGAAAGGUUUUUCACCGACAAGUUGUCACAUACGGUACGGAAAUAAAAACUUCAUAAAGCGCAAAAUAUUGUGGACUUCUGUGGACAAGCGAGACCAUUACGUUGGUACACUCAGUGGAGCAAAGCGAGUGAAUCGAUUACAAGAAGAAGAAGGUGACGUCCGAGGAAGGAGCUAUAGGUUUAAAAUAUCUAAUCAUAUAAGAAAUAUCGGUAUUUAAAGAAAACAUUGAAAAGAUAAGCUUAAAAAACAGACAAGAAAAUAAAACAAAAUACAAACAAAA